AGUACGCAAAUUAGGUAAAUAAACACGUACGUCAAAUUGUGCGAUGGAAAAAAAAAACGUCCAUCAUUUGUGCGUGCAAAAAUUCUGUGUGAUGACUGAAUGGCAAAUAGAUUUUGUUUCAUCGGUGAUUCGUGUCAUUUGCCAGCCAUAAAUCCGCCAAUAGCCAAAACAAUAACAAACGAUAAUUUUAUCACAGUGAAUUGAACGAAAAAUUCCAUUUAUCGGUUGAUUGUCAAAAGAACGUACCACGAAAGUAAAAAAAAAAGAGAACAAGUAACAAACAGAACACGGAAGCAUUGAUUUUAUAAUGCGCCCCAUCCGUCAAUUGAUUUUGGCUUGACGACAAUCUAUUGAUUCGGCGAAUAAAAACCGCCGCCGAUCCUCAUAAAUGAAACGAAAAAUACCAACAUCUAAUAAAAUUAUAUGAAUUUACAGCCAAGAGUGAACUACGAUUACACCUAGAUUUGUGUGUUGUUGUUGCUGCGUUUUUUCUGUUUCGGUUGUUCAGUGUUAUCCACGGGACAAUACAAAUUUACCAUUAAAUCAACAAUCAAUUUCAAGAACAAUAACAAACCCGUGUUUAAGUUAUAAGGUGCGGGUGUUUGUGCUGCUGCUGCUGCUACUGCUGUCAGCCGUUGGAAAUUUUUCCAAAUAAAAUUAAGCUCAUACACACACAAGCACACUUGUUUUUGAAACCGAAGGAGAACCACAGCGAGUGGACAAACGUACACACAAAUUGGAAUUAGAUCAUUUGGACAACGUUCUAAUUGGAAACGACGGAGUAAAUAUUACCCAUUCGAUAGACUCGUGUGGCGAAUUAACAGCGUCUGGUGAAACAACAGCACAAACAAGAAAAUCAUGUCAUUCUUAGCCAGACAAACGACACUACCAGCCAAUUGUUUUAGAUAUGUUGUCAAGAAUUCGGCGCGUUGUUUAUCCACGUCGAAGGUAUGGUCGGUGAAAUCGGUGAUACAGCUACCGAGUGUACCGGAAAUUAAACUGUACAAUGAACCCGUGCUGACCUAUCGCAAGGGCUCCACAGAGCGGAAGCAAUUGGAGCAACAGCUCAAGCAAACGGCCAGCACAUGUGAGGAUAUUCCAAUUGUCAUUGGAAAUGAAGAGUUUCGCACAAAUCAAGUACGAUGCCAAGUGAUGCCGCAUGAUCAUUCGAAAAAUAUUGCCGCAUUCUACUAUGCUGAUCAGCCGCUCAUUCAGAAAGCCAUCAAAGUGGCGGUUGAAGCACAAAAGAAAUGGGAUCGGGUACCGUUUGAUGAGCGUAUCAAGAUUUGGAAUCGGGCCGCCGAUUUGAUGGCCGGUGAAUAUCGUCAACAAUUGAAUGCUGCCACUAUGCUUGGCCAAUCGAAAACUGCCAUCCAAGCGGAAAUUGACUCAUCGGCCGAACUUAUCGAUUUUAUUCGCAUGAACACCGCUUAUUUGAAAGACAAUUUAAAGUAUCAACCGAUCAGCGAAGAUGCAAGUGUUACCAAAAAUUCACUUCGCUAUCGUGGUAUUGACGGUUUCAUCGCCGCUGUGAGCCCAUUCAAUUUUACGGCUAUCGGCGGCAAUUUGGCGUAUACACCAGCACUGAUGGGUAAUUCAGUUCUAUGGAAGCCAUCUGACACAGCCAUCCUGUCGAACUGGGUAAUAUUCAAGAUUAUGCGAGAGGCCGGUGUUCCAGCGGGUGUAGUCAAUUUCAUUCCUGCCGAUGGUCCCGUAUUUGGCGACACAAUCACCGCUUCACCACAUUUGGCCGGCAUCAAUUUCACCGGAUCAGUACCAACGUUCGCACGUUUGUGGCGUCAAGUGGGCGAAAAUGUGACACAAUAUGUAAACUUCCCUCGUUUGAUCGGUGAAUGUGGCGGUAAAAACUAUCACUUUGUUCAUCCAUCUGCUGACGUUGAUACGGUGGCAACGGCUACCAUUCGCUCGGCAUUCGAAUACUGUGGCCAAAAGUGUUCGGCAUGCUCACGAGCCUAUAUGCCAGAAUCUCUAUGGCCCACUAUCAAACCAAAAUUGUUGCAAUUACGUGAUAGCCUGAAAAUUGGUGAUGUCAACGAUUUCUCAUCGUUUACAUCGGCUGUAAUCGAUGACAAAGCAUUCGCACGCAUCAAAUCCUACAUCGAUCAUGCACGCAAUAGUUCGAAUUUGGAAAUUCUUGGCGGCGGCACAUAUGACGAUAGCAAAGGCUACUUUGUUCAACCAACUAUCGUUCAAUCCAAAGAUCCACAUGAUAAAAUUAUGACGGAAGAAAUUUUCGGCCCUGUUUUAUCCAUUUAUGUGUACAAAGAUAAGGAUGUGAAACAAAUACCAGAACUCAUUGGAACGAGCACGAAAUUCGCAUUGACUGGAGCCAUUUUUGGACAAGAUGAAGCAUUCUUGAGAGAAGCAACUGAAGAAUUGAAAAUGACUGCUGGCAAUUUCUACAUUAAUGAUAAAUCAACUGGAUCAGUUGUUGGUCAACAACCAUUUGGUGGUGGUCGUCAUUCAGGAACAAAUGAUAAGGCUGGUGGUCCUCACUACUGUUUGCGAUGGUCAUCACCACAGUCAGUCAAGGAGACUUUCGUACCUUUGCGAGACGUAACCUAUCCGUACAUGAGCGAGUAAACGCUCGGUCCACACUUCGAUCUUCUAACUAACAACAAAAUUGAUUUCAAAAACCAAUUAAAACUAAAAGAAAACAACUUAAUAAUAAACAGAAAAAAAAAUCAAUUUACUUAAUCAAUAUUUAAAUGUGUUGACAACGCAAACAAAAAAAGCGAUAAAAAAUACUAUUUCAGAUAUAGAAACGCUUGAAAUCUUUACCAUGUGCAUUUGUGAUUAUUAUUUUUUUCUGUUUCUGUAUAGAGCGAAAACUGUGUAUAACAUUGAAUAAUUGACGUAUGGUAAAGAGAAAAUUUGCUAAUACAAAACAAAACAAGAGUAUUGAAAACCCGUAUAAAAUGAUAAAUGAUUUAAUUUAUUGAAGAAAAACUGUGCAAAAGAUCUAUGUUAUUGUGUUGCCUGAGUUGUGAGCGGCAACGUCAUUGAAAUGAUUAAAGAUUGAUUAUGUAAUUAAAUUUAAAAA